GGCGGCCCCCUGGAGCCUAACCCGGUCGAAGUCGCCUGAGUCACGGGCCCCGCCCUACCAAGCCGGACACAGCCAGAGGCCCGGGAGCUGCGCAGACGAGCGGACCAGCGGACGUGUAAGAGCCCGGGCCAGACUCCCCCUGUAAUCCGUAAUCCCGGCCCUUACGGCCCUCAGACCCUAAAGUCCCGGCCUCUAGAUCCUUGCUCCCAAUUCUAAUGGGAAACCCCGUUAUCUUGGGCCCGGGGCUUACACCCAUGAUCUUAGACUGGAGCCCACAGACCCAGCGGUGACACUGUAAUCCCGCUGCCAGGAGUACGUAAAUCUUCAAGCCCACAUUCUGAAUUUCCAAAACCCUGUCCCGGGGCCUCCAGGCCGAGAAUCUGAUCCACGCCCCUGACCCAUAGUCCAGUUCUUGGGCUCUGGGGCUCAGAUUCUGGCGCCCAGACACGUCCAGGAUGCCUUAUACCAACUUGGGGCCUCCGAGAACCCCACCAGACCUGGACCCUUACCCUUAAUGAUGCCUAUGUGUAGACUCAAUCCAGGAUCCCUCAAGUCUGACGGGGACCCUUUGAAUCUGGAGUGGGUUUUAUACAUAAUCCUCCGUCCCUAUCGCACGCACCCGAGAACUGCUCUCCCUCAGAAGCUCAGACCCCAUCCCGAAUGGACUCUUCAAGCCCCAGACAGGUCAUAUUACUGCCCACGUCCAGCUGCCAGAAAUGUGUAUUUUUGUGGGGAGAGGCGGACUUGGGGCGAGGAGGCCAUCUGACCUCUUCUUUCCUCCUUAGGAACCUUGAGUUGUAGCCAUGUUCCUAGUUAACUCGUUCUUGAAGGGCGGCGGUGGCGGCGGCGAGGGAGGCGGGGGCCUGGGCGGGGGCCUGGGGAAUGUGCUCGGAGGCCUGAUCAGCGGGGCCGGCGGCGGCGGCGGCGGCGGCGGCGGCGGCGGUGGUGGUGGAACUGCCAUGCGCAUCCUGGGCGGGGUCAUAAGCGCUAUCAGCGAGGCGGCUGCGCAGUACAACCCAGAGCCCCCGCCCCCACGAACCCAUUACUCCAAUAUCGAGGCCAAUGAGAGUGAGGAGGUCCGGCAGUUCCGGAGGCUAUUUGCCCAGCUGGCGGGAGAUGACAUGGAGGUCAGCGCCACAGAACUCAUGAACAUUCUCAACAAGGUCGUGACCCGACACCCUGAUCUGAAGACUGAUGGUUUUGGCAUUGACACAUGUCGCAGCAUGGUGGCCGUGAUGGAUAGUGACACGACAGGAAAGCUGGGUUUCGAGGAAUUCAAGUAUUUGUGGAACAACAUCAAAAAAUGGCAGGCUAUAUACAAACAGUUUGAUGUUGACCGUUCAGGGACCAUUGGCAGCAGUGAACUCCCAGGGGCCUUUGAGGCAGCAGGGUUCCACCUAAAUGAGCAUCUCUACAACAUGAUCAUCAGACGCUACUCGGACGAGGGAGGAAACAUGGAUUUUGACAACUUCAUCAGCUGCCUGGUCAGGCUAGAUGCCAUGUUCCGUGCCUUCAAAUCUCUUGACAAAGAUGGCACUGGACAAAUUCAGGUGAACAUCCAGGAGUGGCUACAGCUGACUAUGUAUUCCUGAAUGGGAUCCCCAGACCUCUCCCCUCAUCACCUCGCUGCAGGAGUCACUUUGGACUCUUCAGUCUCUCCCAGGGCCGGACCUGUCUGCAGUCAUGUCUUCACGGGUCCUGCUGACCUACCAGCCUUUCCGUCUUCUCCUAGCCGUUGGCACCUAGCUUCUUAGUCAACAGCCAGGUCCCACUUGUCCCAACAUGCCAUGUCCCAAGUCACCCCUGGCUCUAAGACACUCUUAACACACCCUGCCCCACGGGUCACCCCACACCCAACACACCCAUCUCACACCCACUCCAUAACCCUUCUAGUGCAUCUGUGCCAAGCCCAACACUUGUAUUGCUUCUACUCCCCAAGGGCCCUUCUCUAAGUUCUAGGAGAAUCACUCCAGUCCCUAUGCACCUGGCACACCUGUUCACAGUUACCACCCAGAAGGAGGCAGCAGAACUCCAGGCCAUAACAGGCCCACAUCCCCCAGUGCCUUUGCUCCCAGCCUGCCAAGCCCAGGAAGAAAUAAAUGUACCCCAGUUGCUGCUCUCUGA